AUAUGAAGGCAUUUAAAAGGCGGAGAGUCACUUUAUUACAGAACAUCCGACACGAUGAUCUUCACACUGUUGUCAUGUCUUCUUCUGAGCUCUGCUGUCCACGCGGCACUGGACACCUGGACCAAUGGAACCAGCGACCCAAAUGAAGAAUGUGCUUGUGAGGCGUUCCUACCCAACACUACUUUCCCAAUGGGAGAACUCAUCUCACUGGAGAACACGGUGGUGGAGAUCAACCACAAACUGGAGAUAGAGAUUAACAAGGUAGAAAGGUAUGAAGUUCAGCUACAGGUCUAUGUAGAGAAGAUAGUAAAUCUGACCGCGUUCAUCGUGUUGAUGGAGACCGAUCCAGACUCCUACAGUGAGCUCCAGAUAGAGGAGGUGAACAUCAAGAUCAAACAGGUGGAGGCUCUCAUUGUGGAGCUGCAGGCGUCUAUACAAAUAACAUCUUCUGUGCUUAUAACCAUACAACAACAGAUCACCGUUAUGAUCUCGGUGUUGACUCGUCUGGAGAUAACAUAUGACAAAAACCUUGUGUUGGUCACGCGUCGAGAAUACAUCAAACUUCAGCAGAAACUGGUGGAGUGCGAGAGACGCCACAAUGAAAUCUUCAAUCCAAACAUUGGAGUCUGCAGUCACGGCGGAAUUAAACGAAUCAGUAAACCCAUCAUCAGUCAGCUGAACGCCAAUCUGAACGCAGGGUUCAAGUACGGAGGCUGGGGUAAAGAUUCCAGUCCUCUGUCCGGAUCGGAGGAGAUGUAUUGGUACGCCGGUUCUUCAGAUCUUCUGCUCAGCAGAAUCUCACUUUACGGCGACUAUUAUAAACUGAUCAUGAGACAAGCCCUCCACACGCACGAGCUUUAUGUCUAUAACAGAUAUGACUAUAGAGGCAGCGGAAAUAAUUACAUUGUACGAUCAAACGCUCUUUAUUACCAAUACAACAAUCCCUUCAAAAUGGCAAAAUACAACAUGACCAGCUCCACCGUCGUGACCGAAGUUGUUCCAGAAGCGACCACCAGAUUCUCGUACCAUUACUCCUCCAAUCAGAACCUGGACUUUGCAGCGGACGAGUCUGGACUGUGGGUGACUUACGCCACAGAGGCUUCUAAAGGUAAACUGGUUUUGGGGAAGAUCGAUGAAGACUUAUUUAAGGUCCAGCGGGUUUGGCACACCAGCGUUUUCAAACCCUCUGUUGGUAAUACGUUCAUGAUCUGCGGGGUUCUGUACGCCACUCGAUCGGUGGACUCUAAAACUGAAGAGAUCUUUUACACCUUUGACACUCGCACCGGACAGGAGAAACAUGUUAGUAUUCAGUUUGAGAAGUUUCAGGAUUUAUAUGUUUACCUUGACUACAACCCAACGGAUCAGAAACUUUACAUGUACAACAACGGUUACUAUGUUAACUAUCAUCUUUGGUUUAACUGAGCAUUGUAAAUAACUAAAUCUGAAUUAGGAAUCAUCGUACAUUCAGCUCUUCUAA